AUGUCGUACGCGGUUGCAGUCACUAGUGCUGCAUCAAUCCUUGCUACUGGCAUGUUGCUCAUUUCUGUUGGAAACAUCAUCUCCGACUUGAACAACUUGCAAUUGGAGAUUACAGAUGGCAUGAAUGAUUUUAAGAUGAAGUCCGAUGAGACAUGGUCCCGUAUCUUGUCCCUUCACGUCAACCCAACUGGUGAAACUGCUGCUCCACCAAACUUCAAGACACUCUUCGGACGUCACAAGCGUAGCAACAGCCAAUGUCACUGUGGACUCCAAUCUCAAGGAUGUCCAGACGGACCACCAGGAGCACGUGGACCACCAGGAGCUCCAGGACUCAACGGAAAUCCAGGAGUCGAUGGCAAGCCAGGAGUCAACGGAAAGGCUCUCACCUACGUUCAUGCCGCCGAGGCUGAUUGCAUUCCAUGCCCAGGAGGGCCAGCCGGACCACCAGGACCAGAUGGAGAGCCAGGAGUCAAGGGACCAAACGGAGCGCCAGGACCAAACGGACAUCCAGGACAACCAGGAACUCCAGGACCAGCUGGACCAGCCGGACCAGCCGGAAAGGCCGGACCAACAGGACCAACUGGACCACGCGGACCAGCAGGACCACGCGGAACUCGCCACGCUAAGGGAGUCGAUGGAAAGCCAGGAGAUGUUGGACCAUGCGGACCAGAAGGACCAAAGGGAGCACCUGGAACUCCAGGAAACGACGGAACUCCAGGACCACGUGGAUACGCUGGACAACCAGGAGUACCAGGAGAGCCAGGAGAGGACGGUUCUGCCGGACAACCAGGAGCCGAUGGCGCGCCAGGAGACGACGCCGGAUACUGUGCCUGCCCAGGAAGAACUAUGUUCGAGGCUUGA